CAUCACAGCACCACUUUGUCACUUUACUUAUUUAUUUGAAAAAGCGAUCAUUAUCAAUCCCAUUCCAUUGAGAAUAGUCCAGUUUCGUUCAUCCGAGUCCAAUGCUUAAGCUCCUUGAUUCUUCUCUUAGGCUCUGUGUAGUGCCACUCUCAGUAGCAUCCAUAUGGAUGACGGUGACUAACGAGCAGGAUAACAGCGACUAUGGAGUACUCAAGUAUUCCAGCCUCUCUGGUCUCAAGUAUAUGGUCUGUGUGAGUGCCAUCUGUGCUAUUUAUGCUCUUCUCGCUGCAGUUUUCUCAUGGGUUGUCAAUCGUACUGUUUCUAAAUCUUGGAUUUUCUUCCUCUCAGAUCAGAUUAUAGCAUAUGUGAUGGUUACAUCAGUUGCAGCAGCAAUGGAAAUAUAUUACUUAGCUUACAAUGGUGAUAAGGAGGUUUCAUGGAGCCAAGCUUGCGAAUCGUAUGGAAGAUUUUGCAGCAAAGUGAAGUUGGCUUUGAUCUUCCAUUUCUUGGCUCUUUGUUGCUUCUUGGUCUUAGCUGUAAUUUCAGAUUACAGAGCAUUUUCCUUGUUUGAGCCUCCUUGUGCUAACUUUAAAGCGGAGGAACAAUUGAGAACUUAGUUUUGAAAGAAGAUAUAGACUUGCUGUGUCUGUGAUUGUAGCUAGGUUAUGAAUUAAUUAGAAUGAAGAGGGGUUCCAUUGUGGCUCAAGUAUAUAAAAACAGAGGAUGCCUAGGAGAAUGAA